GGAACCGCAAGGGCACACAUUGCCGCGACGCCCGCCACCCCCGGGGGCACCCCAGGCUGGCACGACGAGCAUGCGCACCAGACGGUGCUGCAGCAGCACGUCGUCUUCUUCGACCCCGACGGCGACGGCGUCAUCUGGCCCCUCGACACAUUCUGGUGUUUCUACGCGCAUGGCCUCAACUUCUUCCUCCUCGGCAGUGUCUUCGCCGUGUUCGUUAUCCGCCCCACAUCCACGUAA